AUGCCGCAAUCCAUUGCCUUUCAAGACGCCGUCGACGUCCUCUUGCUAGGCUCAGGCUGGACGGCAAGCUUCCUCAUUCCGCUCCUUCAGAAGAACAACCUCCGCUACGCUUACACCUCUCGCUCGCCUCCGGACGAAAAGGACCCUGUCGAUGAGCACAGACUCCAAUUUGAGCUCACCGACCCCGUCACAAAAGAGUCUCUCGACCCGCUCCCGCGCGCAGCCACCGUAGUCAUCAUCUUCCCCAUCAAGAACCUCGAACAGGUCGACGAUCUCGUCCACGAGUACGAAGAUUUGCAUGGACGGACCCGAUGGAUCCAGCUCGGAAGCACAGGCAUCUGGGGUCCUGGGAGAAGCACUUCCAGCUCCCCUUACGACACUGAAAAUGCAAGAGCCGCCGCAGAGCAGAGGCUUCUCGACGUCACUUCCGGCAACGCUGCCGUCCUCAACCUCGCCGGUCUCUACGGAGGACAACGGCAGCCUCGCAAUUUCGCAUCGCGCGUCGGCGCUUCAAAGGAGCUCCUCUCCCUCAAAGGCAGCGUCCACUUUGUUCACGGCCAAGAUGUAGCCCGCGCCAUUCUGCUCCUCCAUAAGAGCCAUUCCGCCGGUUGGGGUCGCCGUUGGAUCAUCUCGGACACAAAGGUGUAUGACUGGUGGCAGCUCUUCCGCUUCCUUCGACCUGCCAUUCCAGAGCAUCCAGACGACAGUCCAGAAACAGCUCAGCGCUGGGUCAGCGAGCUGGUCGAAGAGAAUCACAUCCGAUCCCUCCCUCGACCCAUCGCCAGCAAAGCUGGUCAGAAUCUGCCACACUACCUCGAGCGUGCUCUGGAAGGUCACGAGUUCUGGAACCUGUUCAACGAGAAGCCUUUGAUCGGCUCGGUCUAUCGAGGAGGAGAACAUGGUAUGAAGCCCAGUGCGAUCCGUGCCAAUGGCUCUGCCAAUGGGUCGGCCGCCGCCCCACCGCAAAGCGAGAAGAUUCUGUACUCGCCCCGCGACCAACGCAACGACAAGCUCGUUGGCUCCAGCACCCAGUCCUUUGUCAUCAGAGAGUUCGACCCUACCAUCCCACAGGACCGCAUCGACGAUCUCAUCGAGCGCAUUGAGAACGACGCCCAACGACCCCUGCCCUCGUCCGCCCAGUUCGAAGGUGAUCAUGAGCGAUUCGGUCUCACGCACGAUCGCUUCUGCACGCUGCGUGAUGCAUGGGUCCCCUUCCUGCGCGGCGAUACCUCUUCGUCCGCCUCGGAAGACGACGGGCAGUCCAUCAGCUCCGGCCGCAGCAGCACACGAAACCGCCUCGGCCCGGAUCACGACACGUGGGCAGCCGAGCAAGCGCGCAUGUCGGCCUUCGACCACUACAAGGUCCUGAUCGAGGACGUCGACCUGCACUUCAUCCACGAACGCGCCAACCCGCCCGUCACCGGCUUCAAUGUCAAGGUGAUUCCGCUGCUGCUGCUGCACGGGUGGCCCGGCAGCUUCCACGAGUUCCUCGAACUCGUUAAGCCGCUUGCGCACCCGGGCAAUCUGACGCCCAUCCAUUUUGACGUCGUUGUGCCUUCGCAUCCUGGCUACAUCUUCUCUAGCGCAGCCGAAGGACUUGCGAGAGACUCGCGCACGGGCAAGCUCGUCGGCACGCACUCUGGUCCCGAUGGCGAUUUGCUCGUCAAGGACGUAGCGAGGAUCAUGCACAAGCUCAUGCUCACGCUCGGCUAUCGCAACUACGCCGUCCAAGCGGGCGACUGGGGAUCGGCGGUACUGAGGAGCAUGGCGAACCAGUUCCCCAACAACGUGCGCGCGGUGCAUCUCAACUUCUGCCCGUCUCAAGGGCCCAAUGUCGUUCUGCCGGUGGUUGGUCGGGAAGGCACGCCGCACUGGGUGCUGCGAUUGCCGCAUCGCAUCUCCAAGCAGCGCUACACCAAGAAGGCGCUCGGUGUGUUUGAGAGCUACACCCACGGCGAGAGGUCGCGCUCGUUCUGCGGGGCGGGGGCGUUGGUGGGUUCCGCAGCGGCCUCGGCGACCGAAUUCGCUUGGAGGUCGCUCUCCACCCUCACGCUUGGCUCGAUCCCACCGCCGCUCACGCAGGAGGAGCGGGACAGUCUUCAUCGGGGCAUCGAGUUCGCCGCUACGGGCAGCGCAUACGCAGCCAUGCACGGCACACGUCCCUCCACCCUUGGCCUAGUGCUCUCCCGCUCGCCGCUAGCAACGCUCGCCUGGGUCGGCGAGAAGAUGCAUGCAUGGACCGACGACGAUCUGCCCCCUUCCACCGUCCUCGCCAACCUCACUCUCUACGAGACGACCGAUACCAUCGGCGGCUCCUUCUACCCUUAUCGCAAUCGCGAUCCUCGUGGCCCCGCAGAAAUGGCCAGCGACCCGGCGAACUAUGUGAAACAGCCAACCGCCUACUCGAGUUUUCCUAUGGAGAUCAUCCAGGCGCCCGAAUCGUUUGUUCGGGCAAGCGUCAAUCUGCGCUGGUUUAGAAAGCAUGACGAGGGAGGACACUUUGCCGCCCUCGAACAGCCCGUGACGCUCGUGGAGGAUCUGCAGGAUGCAUUUGCCCAGAUCUGGCCCUGUUGA